AGUCUUGUGAAUAUGCAGACACGUAUGGCGUUAUGAAAGCUUUCAAAUGAUGCGCCUAAUCCCCGCCCCAGGCCACCACGAGCAAAGACCCAGAGAAUCCCUGAUUGGACAAACGUCCCACCUAAGGGAGCAAGGACAGUUCCGGGAUUCCAACAUUGGCCUAGCAAAAAUAGCUAGCUAGUUGCUAACUAGCUUCAAGACAGAAACGAAAAGCGACCGUACAUUAACAUCUGGAAAAUCUAUACCCUGGACGUGAGGAGCUCACUCUCAGGCCUCAAGCGUCUGACGGAACGCCGGAGUGAGUGAGAGGGCCAAAUGGGACGGGGAGUGACGAGAGGACCUGACGUUUUCUGAGUGGCUUCGCUUCAAAGGCGUCAUGGGAAAGAAUGCGUGUCGUCGGUGGUUCUGGAGAAGGGUCUCUCAGCACUGGGCUAUCUCACAGUGGCAAAACCACAGCGGUGAAGAUGUAGGCUCUGUUUGAUAUGAGUUUGAGUUAACCGUUCCGUCAAAAAGGCCGAAACAAACAGCCAACUAAACAGCAUAUUGAUCCAGUUGACCCAACAAGACUGAACGAGACCUGUAGAAAGGACCACUCGCUUAUGACAGCAAAGUGGAUACAACAUUUGAGACAGCUUUUUAUAUCAAAGCUUAAAUUUUUUCGAAGUUGCACUUCAUUUGAGUUUUUUACAGAACUCCUUUAACACUGUCUGUCUGGCAUUUUUUUAUUUUGUCUGAACUGCUGCUUUUGCAGUUUCAAGGAUAUAGACCCUGCAACUGUCUUUUGCAAGAAUACCUCUACGCUUUUCUGUUGCUCAGACCCUCUUAAAAUCAGUGCCUGCUCUGCUAGACACCCCUGUUCUGUUCAUCUAUAGACACCCCUGUUCUGUUCAUCUAUAGACAGUCCUGCAGCUCCUCUUAAUUUCUCCCUCAGGCGUGUGGUAAAAGUCAAACGUGGAUUUAGCUUUUGAAAUAUGUAAAAGGUUGAUUUGUCAGACCAGUUCAGUAAGGGAUUCUGAAAGGGUUAGUUGUGUUUUUGCCCUUGAGGGUCUUUGUUGCACUAGACAGGAGAGGUUCUAUUGAUUUUGUUUAUAUAUUUUCGCACCAAAUCUGACAUGAAAGCCAUUACUGAAAUAUUUAUAGAAGUCACAAUUAUUUUUGUAUCAUUGUAUAGUCUUGUUUAAGAGGUUUAUAUAAAAGUUAUAUAAUCAAAAUAUAUAUCCUGUAUACAUGCAAAUAUCUACCCAUAUGCAAAAAAAGGUGUAGACUACUGUCAAGUUUCUUUUUUGUUGUUGUUGUUGUUGCUGGUUUUAAGUAGCUAUGGUACAAAUAACUUGCUAGCUUUCAGUUUUUUUCCAAAUUCCUGCUUUAUGUGAUAUUACGGUUACCAAGACAACCCUCCGGUCAGUCAUGCCCUGGUCCCCCAUAAGGAACCUGGGGUCUUCACUCUGAUCCUUUAGUUAGACUCCUCCCCCUCUGAUGCCAGGGUUCAGUAGUGGGGGGCUAGGGGGCGGGGUAGGUGGCCCCGCCUCCUCCCCCCCGCGCCCAUUCCGACCCAGCCGCUACAUUCCCGUUUCCGCAGCAACCACCUUUCUGGUCGGUUCCACCACACUCUUCUUCUGCUUCACGUGUCCGUGGCUGUCGGAACAUGUCUCUUCUGUCAUCCCUGUCUAUAACGCUGCAGUCUUCCUCUUCACCCUCGCCAACUUCUGCAUGGCCACCUUCAUGGACCCAGGGGUCUUUCCCAGAGCGGAAGAGGAUGAGGAUAAGGAGGAUGAUUUCCGCGCUCCGCUCUACAAGACUGUUGAGAUCCGCGGCAUCCAGGUCCGGAUGAAGUGGUGCUCCACCUGUCGGUUCUACCGGCCGCCGCGCUGCUCCCACUGCUCCGUCUGUGACAACUGUGUGGAGGACUUCGACCACCACUGCCCGUGGGUGAACAACUGCAUCGGCCGCCGGAACUACCGCCACUUCUUCCUGUUCCUGCUGUCCCUGACCGUCCACAUCGUGGGGGUGUUUGGGUUUGGCCUGCUCUUCGUCCUCCAUCACCGGCACCGUCUGGACACGGUUCACGCCGCUGUCACAAUGGCUUCGAUGUGCGUCGCUGGUCUGUUCUUCAUACCGGUGGCAGGCCUGACUGGUUUCCACAUGGUCCUGGUAGCCCGGGGGAGGACCACCAAUGAGCAGGUCACGGGGAAGUUCAGAGGCGGAGUUAACCCUUUCACCAAUGGCUGCUUGAGGAACGUCUCUCACGUGCUCUGUAGCUCUCAGGCUCCCAGGUACGUGGGUCGGUUACGGGGCAUGCCGACAGUAGAGGUUCAGCCCCCGUUCCUUCGGCCUCCUCUCUCCGAGGCCCAGCUGGAGGCUAAAGUCCUGGAUAACGGUGUCCAGAAUGACAGCCACAGCACCCGGUCCAAGAGCAGUGGGGACGUGAUGGGGUGUCAGUCAGAGGAUGCAGAACCUCCACCUCCGCCCAAACCUGAGCUCCACUACCCGGGUCUGCCUCAUGCUGACACAGAGGAGAGCAGCUUGCUGUCUGAAGGUCCGCCCACUCCCUCUAUGUACAAGUACCAGCUGGCCAAUAGCAGCUCACCGAAGAACCACAAGGCCCUGACACACCAGAACAAGAUGAUUCGUGGAGACAGUUUGGAUUCCCCCUCGAUCCUCCAGUCAAGUCGCCAGCCCAGCUAUCGCUCUGAGCCCAGCAGCUUGGAUGGGGGCUCCGCAAUGGGGGCGGGGGCACGCAGGGGGGGAGGGGAGAGGGGCGCGGGCCCCGGGGGCUCCGGUGGAAUGGCUCGGGGCGCCUCGGGGGGCGUCUCCGGGUACUCGUUAGGGGGCCGCUCAUACACCUCCUACCCGUCCUCCCUGGUCCUGUCCACCGGCGGCUCCCAUUCGUCCAGCAUGCGCUCCGCCCACACACACCACAACACCCUGGGCACGCUCCCGUCGGAGUGCACCACCGACACCAGCUACAAGAGCCUGGCCAAUCAGACGCCUCGGAAUGGCAGCCUGUCAUACGACAGCAUGCUGACGCCGUCCGACAGCCCGGAGUUUGAGUCGGCUGCUCACGAGCUGUCUCCCCCGCGGCCCCAGGCCCCCGGAGUGUUUCCCCCGGCGACAGCCUCCAACUCGCCACCUCCCGGGGUCGUGGACAUGCCCCUACAGGGGUACACCUCUCCUUUCCUCUCAGUGCAGCAGAGGGAAGGCCAGUUGCUCCAGGGCUCCGCCUCUUUCUCCUCCCCUCACAAGGCGUACCUCCGUGCUGUCAGUCCGCCCCCAAAGACUGCCCCCAGCCACGCUGAGACUCUGCACCUCCACCAGGACUCCAGACACCCGCACCUCCGUGCCUCAUCCACCUCCUCCCGCCCCCUUCCUCCCGUCUCUGAACAGCCCACCCCCUCCUCCCCCCGCUCCCUGGAAUCCCCUGUGUCUCCUGUGUCCCCGCCCCCCAGAGGCCUCUCCCAGGGGAGGUCCUAUUACCUUGCGGAGGCAGGGCUCCAGCACAAGGCUUGGCCGAUGGGAGGUGAUUCGUCGGGAGGGGGCGGCGUCGGAGGGACCCAGGCUCCACAAUCAACCUCUCACCCAGGAUUGGCCAAUCACAGAACAGCCAAACCAGGGGGCGGGGUGAAAAAAGUUACUGGUGUUGGAGGGACCACCUAUGAGAUAUCGGUUUGAGCGAUUGACAUCCGCCAUGGCCAAUUACUGAAAGAAGAUUCUUCCACUGGAAAUUUUCCAAAUUUCUUACUCUGAGGAGGCUUUAAGCUGGAUUUUCACUGAAAUGCGCACACACCCUGAUGACUGGACUUGGCGCUCUUGGUCAGUUGGGAAUUGGUUAAGAGAAGUGUAUGGAUCCCAAGCACUUCAAUGACCUUCAUGUCUUUCUAAUGCCACUGGUCGUCAUUUUCUGCCAAUCUUUCAUAUCGGAUGGUACAUUGAAAGUGAAUAAGCGAUGGAGCCAUAGACUGUAGAAGGAUUUAACACAGCAGGGUACUGAACUCUCUAUAGCCUGUGUAUUCAUUGAGUUGUUUUGGUACAUUAGUCACAGAUAAUUUAUAUAAUGCUGGAGGGAAGGCUUUUUAACCAACCAUCAGCGAGCCUAUGCACUGGUGACCAAUUGUGGCGCUCAGUGGUUCAAGACUUCGUGGUCCAUUAAAAUGGAUGGACCAAUCACAAUAGCUUACCAAUCUGCAUUAUUCAGUAAUGAAAGUCUACAACGAUUAUUUAAGAAAAAAAUGCACAGAGAAGAUGCCUCGAUUCAAAGUUUAAUUUUGGUUUUACGAAGCUUUGUUUUUUCUAUUUUGCUUUAAGUCUAAAGAAACUUUAAGAAUAAUUGUGUAUUGGUCAGAUGAUAAAGAGAACUUGUACUUUUUUAAAGGGUGCUUGUGACUGGCCUUAUGGCCAUUUUCAAGCUUAUUAAAACUAUGGCUGCCCGAUCUACAAAUCCCUUUGCAACACAAAUAACUGUUUGUAGAUCAUUCACUCAGUUUCAAAAUAUACCCAUGAUGCAUGCGUUUUUAAUAAGUGGCCAGAGUGAGUGAGACUGGUCGCUUGUUUUGAUUGACGGCUGCAUCAGCCAGUUAAAUCUUUCCGGAAUCCUCCCCCAAAGAGAAUGAUAAUCCUAGCUGACAGACAUCUGAAGUGGCCUAUCACUGAGGAUGUUUUGAAGCCGCAUAUAAAAUGUGUACUCUGACUCUUCAAUGCAACCCAAAACUUUUUGUGGAAUGUACACAAAAAAUGUUUAUUGCUGAUACAUUAUGCAAAUGUUAUGUUUUUUUUAGCUUUAAAUGAUUUGUGCUUUUGACGCUGUGCAAUGUUCUGUCUGUCAAUCAAAUGCUAGGAAAACUUCAAGGAUGGCCGGCCAAACAGGGAGGGAGGGGCUUAUUUCUUUUAUCGGACAGGAAAACAUUUCAGAACACAAUUCCAACCGACCUCUACAUCCUGCUAAUGGAUGAUGCAUUUUGCCCCUAAUGGUUAAGGAUAGACAGGACGGGGGGUGGUGACACGUUCUUACUCAGAAUCCACAGCUUCUAUGCUGCUGUACUAGGGACAAUUUCAGCAAAUCAAAGUCUUGGGGGUGGUUGUGGUUCUGUUAGAAAGGACGGGUGUAGUAUGAAUAUAGAUUUUCUCUGGUAACUUCCAGGCAAACACCUCCAGACAGGCAGGAAUGGAAAUGACACUAACUGAGAUUUUCUCUGGUAACUCUACAGCCAGAUGAGAAUGUCGUACAUUCUGCCCCCUUUUUAUUUUCUUUGUAGUUUUUAUAGUUUAGUUAACAAUCUGCCCAAAUAAAUGGCCUGGUCAAAUGCAUGAACGGGUUUGUGUCCACAGAAUGUGUGUGUGUGUGUGUGUGUGUGUGUGUGUUGUGGUGGUGGAGGAGGAGGUGGUGGAGGAGGAGGAGGUGGUGGGGGAGGAGGUGGGAUGUUCAAUUCAAGCUCCGUAGUGAGUUGGAAUGUCAACACUAUCUGAAUGUAGCACAUUUCUUGUCCUGGGAUUCAUAAAGCACAUGAACUAACAGCAAAUCAAUUUCUACAGCAGUGUGGCAGCUAUCAGUACACGCCCCGCCACCCCCCCCCCCCCACUCCAAGGCCUUUCAUACGUGUGCAUGUCAUUCUGUUUGUUGCGUUGAAAUGCACACCCGGUUGAUGUGUCGUGUGGAUUAUAGUUGAGGCUUCGCAAUGGCACCAGCGGUCAGACAUACACCGCUAUACAUGGACGGGCCACCAGACAUUCUCCUGGUGCUGAAGGGGGCAUUGAACAACAGAUCACACAUGAGUAUGAGAGAGUAACGCUAGACCUGUGAGCUGUGCUGAAUGACUAGGACAAGUGUCACCGGUGUCUGUUAUUAUGACUAUGUAAAAGACCAAAAUGGCCUUAUGAAGAAUAUUAAAAAGUGUCUUCUCUGAAUAAAAGGUCGACCUGAUGGCAAAA